AUGACAACGUCCCACGAUGAGAUCUACAAAAUUGGAUUCGAUGAACCAUUUAGAAACGUUUCCGAAUUGCACAAACUGGAGUUGGGUCAGCUACUGAAUGAAAAUGAUGACUAUCGCGAAGUCAGUUCUUAUUUAGGAAUGGAACAAGAACUGAAACAGGUGCAAAAUAAAUCCAAUCCAGGGUAUGAAAUCCUUUCAGCGUGGUCUAAAAAAAAUUCCAACAGUACAAUAAGAGUUUUGUCUGAAACGUUCAAAGUAAUAGAACGCAAUGACUUGAAGGAGAAAGUUGAUGAAAUUAGAAAUGGCUGUGUUACAAAAUAUACUGAAAAUUUAUGUCAAUUGAAAGGUGUGAAAGUUUGUUCGGCAGAUUAA